CUCUUCUCACCUGUCAUCUCUCCCUCACACCGAGAGAGGACAAAAUGGCCAACACCGAGUCUCAGUCCUCCUCGGCGGCCAAGAGCGCCUGGGCCAUCCCAGCCGCUCUCAAGGAUUUGAUCGCCCUCGACGCGUCCGCCCGCACAGCCGUCAUCGACAAGAUGCUCCAAACCACCCACCCCGGUCUUCCCGCUACCGCCGCUCCCCCAACCCCGGUCCCAUCUGCCCCGUUCCUCGAUGCGCUCAAAAGGGUACCUGACACUAUCACUUGGAACGGCGCCGCAGCGUUCAAGAGCACUAACAGUGCGCUACUCGACCUCUUCGAUGGUCUGCAGGCGGGCGUAAAGGCAGAGGACGUGUUUAAAAUGCUGCAGAAGGCGUGGAAGGAGGAUCCCGACAAAACAUUGCGCAUCAUCCUUCAAGCCCGCUCAAUCCACGAGGGUAAGGGCCUCAAGAUUGCAUUCUUCCACUGUGUGGCGUGGCUCUGGGACAACCACCCGCGAACACUGCUCGCGAAUCUCCGGCAGAUCGUCGAGCCCACGUGCGAGCGAGCCCGGUCCCAGAAGAAGGAUGCAGCCAAGGCCGAACGCAAUAACAAUGUCGUCGCCCUUGACGAGAACGGCGAGCCCGAGAAGGAACCCGAGUACCCUCCCCGUCCCCACGGAAGCUUUGACGAUCUCAACGAUAUUCUUGUUCUCGCAAUCAACGGCCAGCUGACGACAACGUACAUCGGCAAGCUCACCGCCAUCGACGAAGCCCUUGCCCCAUCUUCCAGCGCAUCAUAUUUCAAAGCGAGCCGCGUUGGCGACACUGCUGAAGGCAAGAGCGGCCGCCAGGGCUACUCUAACGCCGCUCGUGAAGCUCGCAAGAGCGAACAGAUAGCAAGGAAGGUGGUGGCAAAAGCCCAGACCGAGACCGGCGUCAACUUGGACAAGAAGCGCAAGGCUGAGGAGGACAGGGGAGCGACUCUGCGGUUGAAGCUCGCACGUUGUGGCACCAAGCAAAUGCGCAAUGCGGCCAUCUCUGCGCACACGGAAAAGGGUCUCACUGACCCAAAGGUCCAGAUCCUUCUGGCGGAAGUAGUCAACAUUUAUGCCGAGUUUCUCAAGGCUGACCUCGAGCGUCUCAAGGCGCACGAAGCUUACCUCGAGCGUCCGGCAGCUGAGCGCCAGGCUGACGGCUAUGGGGCCCCAGGCUCUUCUCCUCAUCUCUUUGGCAUGUCGUACGCCGCCAAGUGGGCCCCCACCCCUGGUAAGAGCGCCGACAAGCAGUUGCACAUGGCGACAGCCCUAGCCUUCAAGAUGUUCCCCGCCGACGACAUGCGUCGUCGUAAACUCCAGGACGAGGUGCUCUCGCCGCUUAGGCGCGUCCUCAAUGUUCCCGAGCGCAGCAUGGUCAAGGGCAAAUGGAAGAUCGACUACACCAAGGUUCCAGCACGCUGCAUGGCACGAAAUGAGAACAAUUUCCUUGAGCACGACCCAGUUGGCUUCGAGGCGUAUCUUCUCGCCGUCGCCUCCGGCAAGAAGACCAUCGCUGGUGCUUCCAUGAUACCUCACGAACUGUUGCUGAAGGCGCUGAGCACAUCGUCUAUCAUCAGCCGUGUCGCCAACCUCCAGUGGACGGCACUUGUUGACUCCAUUCGCUCAAAUGCCAAGGGGGAGCUCACCAACUGCAUCGCAGUGGCCGAUGUCUCGGGUUCGAUGGGUUCCAUCUAUUACCCUUCCUCUGGCGGAGGUCGUGUCGAGGCUAUCUGGCCCUGCAUUGCCCUCACGUUGCUCAUGACGGAGCUUGCGCGCCCUCCUUGGAACGGCGCAUUUAUCACCUUCUCAUCCGACCCCGAGAUCCAGCGUGUGGACAACGAUCUGUCAGUCGCCGAGCGCGCUCGCAAUUUGAGCAAGGCGGACUGGGGAAUGAGCACCGACUACCGAAAGGUGUUCGAGAGCAUACUGCGAGUCGCCAAGGAAGCCAAGCUCGCCCCGGGGGAUAUGGUCAAGACGGUCUUCGUGUUCUCGGACAUGCAGUUUGACCAGAGCGGUAGAUUUGGCGCGACGGAGCACCAGGUCGUCACCCGACGCUUCCAGCAGGCUGGGUACCCCAUGCCCGAGCUUGUCUACUGGAACCUCCAGUCCGCAGCCGCCAAGCCCGUGCAAGCCGACACCCCUGGCUGUGCCCUCGUUUCCGGCUUCAGUGGAGCUCUCAUGAAGUACUUUAUCCGUGCCUUGGGCGACGAUGGUGACGACGAAGACAAGGAGCCCAAGGAGGAUGAGGACUGGGACGACCUCAAAGAUCUGGAUAUCAAGGACGAGGACGACGGGGACGACGAGGACGAAGAGGACGACGCCGAGACACUGGUCAAGGGAGACGCGAAGGAGAAGGCGGCGAAAGCGAAGAAGACGCCAAUGGAUCACCUCAACGCGAUAAUUGCGGCCAGGCCUUUUUGCGGCGUGGUGGUGGUUGACUAAGUGCUGGAUACAGUUGUACUGUAUGAUAGAAGAAGUAGCACCGGUGGCACCUGCACACAAUUGAUGUACAUGUUCUGAU